CGAAACUUCCGAGCAAUGGGGCACUUGGCAUGUUCAUGGGCCUGGUUAUUGGUGCGACUCUCAUGUUGUUGAUCGACCAAAUGAGAUCGUCAUUGGAAUUACACAAAGAACCCUUUGAAGAUGUCUUUGCAGAUGUGCUCCCUCCCGUCCAGGAACCCAAUGUUUCUGGACCUGGAAAUGUCCCUGUGGUUGUCCGGAACCUGCGCGAGAGCUGGGGAGUUCCACAGUACAUCAAGUUUGAGAACAAAACCCAAGGGAAACGAACCCUCUUCAACCCCACUGUCAUCCCUCUUCCCGAAAAGUCCACACACCGAUAUGUGGCUGUUGUCCGUACUGGCAAAUGGACCCUAAAGCAUGAGAAUCGUGAGUACACCGAUGCUCAUAUUGUGGGCUGCCUCCUAGAUGAUGGCGAUGGAAGCAAAGGAAAUCGGUACAUUUAUUGUUCCACACCGGCGGUUGACCUUGACAUGCCCUUAGACUGGAGAGGGACGGACGAACGCUAUGCGAAUGCCACAGCGCAGAAAAAGGAACCUUCUUUCUGGGAGUACUUUGUCGGCCCAGAGGAUCCUCGCUUAUUCUGGAGCCUCGACGGGCGACCUCUUAUGCUUUACGCACAGGUCAACCCUCAAGGGAGGGGAAUGGUCAAUCUGAAAUCGCAAUGGUUGACUGAUUUGCGGGUUGUGAUGGCUGGACUGGACGAAGCACUUCCGGAGCCAUACAAGCUCCGGUCGCUUCCCCCAGGGAUGCACAGGGAAAACCUCCAUUCGGAAACACUUGUUCAAGAUGUGGAGAAGAACUGGGUGCCCUUUUACGCUGUUAGUGUGCCUCCAGAACAGUACGUCAGAAGUCGCAGAAAGGAUGCAAACACAGGGGUAGAAGCAGGCAAGAAGACAAGCAGGAGGACGCUGCUGGGCCCAGAAACAGCUGAUUUGGGUGCUGGCCAUCAUCAUGCUUCUGACCCACAGAGUGGAAGUGAGAAAGGUCUGCAUUUUGUCACAAGGUUUCGACCGUUCCUUGUUUACGAGUAUCUUGGACCGGGUGGUCGUGUUGAGCCGGUCAAGCCUCUCCCAGCACAUGAGGCUGCCUACAAUUGCUUUGAGCGCCUCAUGAAACCGCACGAGGAACGCCCAGGAUACACCCACGGGGGCACGAGCCCUGUUCUUGUCACCCUCUGUGACCGAGGGGACUGCACCCCAACUGUUUCCAAUACCGUAUUCUUGGCAGUGCUUCAUGUUCUUGAUUUUGGAGACAUGGAGGACCGUUGGUACCGACGAUAUGCAGUCACAUGGAACUGCACCUCACCCUUCGUUCCCAUUUCUAUUUCUCCACUGGUGUUGGUUUUUGGAUUGCAGGCGAGGGGAGGGAUAUUGUUCGAUACAACAAUUUCAUAUACACGAUCUCCGCCUUUCAACCUUACAUCUAUAAAAGCAACCCAGGCAGGGAGUCCAAGCGGCUGGGACCUUCGGAGCAAGUAUAACUUGUACGACUUAGGAUUGCGAGAUGGCUUCGAUCAUGGGUAUCUGAAUGACGAGGUCAUAGUCAGUCUUGGGAUAGGUGACUGGUACCCACUGGUGUUCUACUCUGAUCCUAGGUCGUUCCUGAAGAACCAUUCAGCGUGUGGGGACCACGUUAGUCGCGAAGCGAAGGAAGCAUUAUGGCAACUUGGUUGACGAACGUAGGGGGAAUGCCCCCAAGAGUGUCAGGAAACUCAGGUCUAACAUGGAGAACG